GUUUGAGUUGUUUAGUAUGUUAUUGGUAGUUAUUAUAUUCUCUUGUUCGUUUUCCUAGUUCACAAUAAUUCGCUAAAUUGGAGAACAAGAAAUAGACCAGGAAAGUUGUGCCAGUUUAAUGAAAUCGAUUCAUAUUUUUGGAUUACCGUUAACUGUAGUUUUAGUUAUCGGUUGUCUUCGUCAGUAUGAAGCAAUUAAUGCCACAAGCAACAAAUGGUCUGCCUCAAAUACGGUAUUUACAGAUCCUCCUACACUUACUUAUAAAAUAGUGCAGCUUGUCGUCCCCAGGCAAAUCAAAAUGAACGACAUCAACGAUUAUCACGAAAUUGUGCUUCCAGCUUAUUCCAAUACCAAUAUUCAACUAAGAAAUAUGUCACUCAAUGGCAAAGAUGUCGGAUUUGCUUUGAUUCAGAUGAACGCCUAUGAAUAUAGUGUAACAUUGAGCUAUACAAAUAACAUAAUCAGUGACCGCUCGUUGACCGGUUUGAACGUUGGAUUGAUUCUCUACGAAGACGGAAGCUUGUAUGCAAUCAACACAAAUCCUAACGAGGAAAUUUGGGUAUCUCUGGUAUUGAUGCUGUACAACAAAACGGCCCCAGUUCCAGGCGGAUGCAACAUGGAAUUUCCUGUAGAGGUAUCACCUGUAAUGAAGGUUACCUUGAAAGAAUCCACGAUUGAAGUGGAUACCCCACCCGCCUCUUUAGCGAAGCCAUUGCUUACGCCUGAUAACCAGUGUGGAAAGGCAAAAUUGAAUUACGAAUCGUACUAUCUGUCCAUGCCUUCGUAUGAUUUUUCGCAAAGGACUUACUUUACGUAUAUACGAAAGCUGAUUAGUUAUGCCAGUGCCAAGGCUUCUGGUAGGAUAAAUGAUCUGAUGUCGAACGCACCAACAAUUAAGAGAGUAUACGAUCGGCAGAAAGGUCGAGGUAUGGUGUUUGUUACUGUGGCGAUUGAUCCCGUGCAUCAGGGAUUUGCUGCUUAUGUCCCGGUACAUUCGUACGCUUGCCAACCAUUUCUGCACGUUGACGAGUGCUACGAAUUUAACAUUCCAGUUCGGAUUAUUGGAUUCAUCAUCACUAUAAUCAUGGCAGCGGAGAUUGUUGUAGGAUUCUUUCCAAUUUUCUUCAAAGCGUUCAUAUGUGGUGUUGUGGUCGGAUUGAUAGGAACCGUAAAAAUACUCAAAGCAAUCAAUAUGGAUGUUAGUGAUAACACGUUGAUAUCGUUACUGGUGGUUGGGUCGAUCGGAUGCGCUAUUCUGUUCGUGAUUAUUUCCAUCGUUUGUCCGAUUGCAGCAGUCAUCGUGUGCAAUUUCCUCGUCGCAUUCAUGAUGUGCAAUGUAAUUUACUAUGGCAUUUAUGGAAAUUUCUACAGUCAUCCAUUCAUCAGUGUCGUUUUUCUGGUGUGCACCUUAGCCGUGGGAAUUUUUUUAAGUUCUAUACAGUUAUUCCUGUUUGCGAAUGCCUUCCUGUUCAGCGCCAUGGCUCUGUUCUACGGAGUCAAUGUUAUUUUUAGUGCACGAUUGCACUAUUCGAUGAAAAAUUGGUUCCGAGGAAUAUCCGCAGAUACUUACGAUUCUGUGCUAUCCGAUUCAACUAUGGACACUAACGAAAUAAUGGCCGUUGCUAGCUUUGGAAUAAUUCUCACAUUGUGCGUCUAUUUGAGAAUGCGCUGCAAGCUCCGAGAGGACCAGGUGGUGAGGUCUGGUUUCCGGUUACCGUGGGGUGACCGCGGCUCCCGAACCAGCUUGGUGUUUUUAGCCGAUGACAGUAUGGCGUACGAAAAUUUAUCCGAUCAUCCAACAAUAACACGCUGGACCAGUGGUGACGAUGACGUAUUCGAGUCACCACAGUCGAAUUUGAGAUUUUUCCAGCGAUUUCGUCGUCUUCGAAGGCAGUAAAAUAAAAAGUUAAAAAAAAAUCAACAAUCAAUUUAGUCCAACAACAUUUUUUUAAAAUUUUGUCUAAAACAGGCUGGUCUUACAUUAUACCAGCUAGAGUAUACAACGUGAAAGUUCUAAUGCACAUGAAAUGAAACAAUGAAUGAAUCUUGUUCUACACCACAUAGUAUAUAAUUAUACAAAGAGACCAACCGUUGCUCGUGAAUGUUUCACGUGAUUUUUGUGAUAACUAAAUUAAGACAAUAUUUUAGUUGUCUAAGAAUCUUUCGUCUUUGCUUUUUCUAUAUGUAGGAAAAAUUCAGUCGAUAUUUUUAAUCCAUGAAUGCAUACUGUUGCCAUUUGGCAACAUACCGAAUUUAAUGUGUAAAGCCUUAACAAGAGGUAUAGAUCGUAUCCAUUCAGAGAAGUGAGUACCAAAGAAAAAUGAUAUUCAUGCAUUUAAGGGUUAAAUUAUUUUUUACAAUUAGUUUUUGCAACAUUUUUGGUGUUCAUCUGUCGUACACGGUGUCUGGUAGACAAUAUCACAAAAAAAAAAUAGUUUCGCAGAAGUACUGACUAAUCGAAUGCUUAGAAGCUCCUCUUUUAUUUGAAGCUAAAUUUAAAAUGUUCCAUUAGUGGAUCUAACAAAUUAAUUUUUUUACAUAUUGAUGAUCAUGAAUAGCUCUCAAAAGAUAUCUCACUUCAAGGGCGAUAGAUUAGUACACAUUAUCAGAAGGAAGUGUUUGUUAUGUUGAUAUCCUACGAAGACACCACUGGCCGAAAUUUAACCGAUUUCGCGUUAUAGUUUUCAUUUUGAAGCAUGUAUUUGCCCUGUGUUAUUUUGUCUAUUGUAGAACAACUUGUAUUACACAUAUAACAUUAAAUAUCUUUGAAUCACUGAUUAAAUCUGUUUGCACACGAGGCUAAUGGACCCGCCACGAUAAAUAUUCAGUAUGUGUAUUUUCUUCUACUUAUUUCAACGCUACAGCUGUUACCGCGUUGGAAUAGCUGAAACAAAAUCCUUAGUGUAUAUUUUUGUGGCAUGUGUCUCGUUGCCUCGUGCGAGUACAGCUUAAACGGAAUCUUAAAUACGCCUCUUUUACUUUUGCUUUACUUUCAUUUUUUCUUGAAGAUAUAAAUAAAUAUCAAAGGUUAUAAACAUAUCAA